GCUGGCCUGAACGGGAGCUGCUUGGCAGUGCCAGAGCCCAGGCCCCAGCGACCUACUGGACAGGAGGUGGACUGAGGAGGCAGGCCCCCAGAGGUGGAGAGGUGCUGAGAUGGCAGACAACUACACGGAGCUGGAGAAGGCAGUCGUGGUUCUAGUGGAAAACUUCUACAAGUAUGUGUCGAAGCACAGCCUGGUCAAGAACAAGAUCAGCAAGAGCAGUUUCCGUAAGAUGCUGCAGAAAGAGCUCAACCAUAUGCUGACGGACACAGGGAACCGAAAGGCUGCCGACAAGCUCAUCCAGAACCUGGACGCCAACCAUGACGGGCGCAUUAGCUUUGAUGAGUAUUGGACCUUGAUAGGUGGCAUCACCAGGCCCAUCGCCAGCCUCAUCCGUGAGCAGGAGCAGCAGAACAGCAGCUAG